UCUUGCCUCCUUGCGACAUCGAAAUCUUUAGUGGAGAUUUUAUGUCAUGGCCAACAUUUCGUGAUCUGUUCACCACGCUGUUCAUAAAUAAUUCUCGUUUGAGUGACAUUGAAAGAUUGUGUCACUUGAUUCAAAAAACCAGUGGUGAGGCUCGAGAAAUCGUUUCGAAUUUUCCACUCACCAAUCGUAGUUUUUCACUUGCUUGGAAAUCAUUGCAGGAUACUUUUGACAAUAAACGUAUGCUUGUGUACAAUCAUCUGAAGUUGCUUUUUGAUCUUCCCGCACUCGAAAAAGAAUCACUCAUUGGCCUCAAAACUCUUCAACGAGGAAUGAAUAGUUGUAUUUCCGCCAUGUCUGUUUACGAUGUAAUAACGGAUCAUUGGGAUCCAAUGCUAGUUUUUAUUUGUCUACAACGUUUACCAAAACUAACAGUAACACUCUGGGAACAAACUAUCAAAGACAAAUCAUCUCUAUCUACUUGGAAGCAAUUAGAUGCUUUCCUUUCAGAUAGAAUACAAACAUUGUCGUGUCUUGAUAAUUUGAUUUGUAUCAAUUCUCCCAGAAAAUUGAAUUCGCCAAAAAGUCGAUCUAGUUCGUUGCUUACUUGCAAACUACAAUCACCUAGUUCCAAACUACAAUCGCCUAGUUCCAAACUACAAUCACCUAGUUUCAAACCACAAUCGCCUAGUUCCAAACUACUGUCGCCUAGUUCCACACCACAAUCGCAUAUUUGCACCUCCAAAUUGUUCUAUCGUACUUGUGUGAUGUGUCCCCAGCAGAGCCAUCACCUACGAGUCUGCUCUCGUUUGAGAAUAGAUUCUCAUUAG